UUAUUAUUAUUAUAAUACUAGAAAAGAAAAGACACACAAAAAAAAGACAGAAAGCUUCAAUUAUCGCUUCAAUGGCUUCCACAACCACCGUAGCUGUAAUCCUCUGUCCCAAACCUUCUUCCUUACUUCAUCACAAACACCAAAAUAAUCUUCUUCCUUUUCUCUCUCUACAAUCUUCUCGCUCUUUCCUGUCUCCAACCAUAAUCUCAUCUCGCAAGAAUCGAAUCGUUGGAUGUCUUGUUUCCGGCGUUGACGGCGGAGGACUUUCUGAUACUCGGAAAUCGGAAUUUUCUAGAGAAUUCGCCGUUAUUGCUACUAUGUUGAAGCGAAUCGAACCUCUUGAUACUUCCGAUAUUUCCAAAGGUGUUUCGGAAGCUGCGAAGGAUUCUAUGAAGCAAACUAUUUCUACUAUGCUUGGACUUCUUCCUUCCGAUCAGUUUUCUGUUUCUGUUUGUGUUUCUAAGGUUCCGCUUCAUCAACUUCUAGUAUCUUCAAUUAUAACCGGGUAUACACUUUGGAAUGCAGAAUACCGUAUAUCACUGGCGAGAAAUUUUGAAUUGUCUAUUGAUAAAUUAGAAUCAUGCAAUUUUGACGGCAAUGAAGUGUGUGCUGUGGACUAUGAGGGACGAGAAUGUGAAGGUGCAGAUGCUUGUAUAAAUUUAGCUAUUGAUAACCCUCAACAAAUUACUUCCGAGAGCUUCGAGGGUUUACCUGUAGAAGCUCUGAGAUAUAUCCAACGGUUGAAAUCAGAGUUGAGCUCUGCAAAGAAGGAACUAGAAGUGCAGAAGCAGGAUACCCUUCAUAUGGAAUCAAAUAGGGGUAACAAUAAUAAUCUGUUGGAGUAUCUUCGAUCCUUAGAGUCAUCUAUGGUGUUGGAGCUCUCACAACCAUCGUCAGUAGAAGUAAAAGAAGUAAUUCAUGAACUUGUUCAAAACACGAUACAGAAAUUCUUCAAACAUGAUUCCCCAUCUGAACCUAUAGAAAAUACAACUAUUGGGAGCAUGAAGGAUCGCCAAGUGGGUAACAGUGAAGCAAGUGAAACAUUCAUCACUUCCCGGGAUCAACUUGCAAAACUUCUCUUUUGGUGUAUGCUCUUAGGUCAUCACUUACGAGGUUUGGAAAACCGAUUACAUCUAAGCUGUGUUGUUGGAUUGUUGUAAAGAGAACAAAUAUGGCCAUGUAUAUUCCUCUUAUCUCAUCUCAGAGCUUGUAUCUUGUAUUCUUCCUGGAAAAACUGCAAUACAACCAAUAUUUUUCGUCCAAAGAUUCAUUUAUGAUAAAUGAGUAUUACAAGAUACCCUGUCCAUUAACAAGCAAUCACAUCUGUGCCCCGUCCAAUGUUUAUGAACCAAUGGCUUUGUUGUCGUGGGGUUUGUCUCCUCUCUCUCUCAAACAGAUGAAUCUUGUUCUGAUUGUAUUACUGAAAUUUUGUCGAUGUCAAUGCUUUAUUUUUCUUUGUUUUUGAGGAAC